AUGCUGCUUGGGCGCCUCCUCCCCCGUCGCCAGGCGGCGCUGCUGGCGGCCAUCCUUGGGAUCUGCCUGAUCAAGGCCGUGACGGCAGGUGAUAUUCUGGUGCAGGACGGUUUCACCUCCGAUUUUGAUGUGAUCAACGUCCACAACGAUAGUAGCUUUGGCCUGACCGUCCAUCAUCGGCACGGUGUGUUUGCCAACACCGGGCGAUCUUACAAUGCCUCCAUUGCCGUGGCGCCGGCCCACCUCUUUCACAUUGGCAUCGGGCCCAAUGGUUGCGAGCACCACCGCACUGUCUCAGAGCAAGCCAAGCUUCUGACGUGCGAAUAUGCAACCAAUGCCGGCUUUUUUGAUUUUACACCUCCCGCCUGCGAAGGAAAUCUUAUCACCGAUGGCGUGUCCAUUCAGCACCCUUGUCCUAAUCAAGUCAACUUUGGCCGCAAGCUAGGAAUGACAUGCCCCGACUCAACGCAGGGAGAUCGCAUCGUAAUUGGCUACAUGCAAGAAGCAGAUAUCGCCGAUCUGACCGAGUUGAUCACAGGUCGAGGCUGGCUGAUUCGACACGGUCAAGCGUACACCAACCAGAGUCGCGAGUUUACACCAACUGACAGCUUUGUGUCCGAAAAGGCUCCUCGAACAGCGCUUGGCUUGACCAAAGACGGCGCUAUACUCAGCCUGGUAGUCGAUGGCAUUGAGGAGGAACUCGUAGGCCCUGAUUUGCACGAAAUGGCAUCUCUCCUGUUGGAGCUCGACGUCGUUCAGGCGAUCAAUCUUGAUGGGGGUGGGUCAUCAACGGCCGUUUACCAAGGCCACGUCUUCAACAUGCCUCACUGUCUCGACACCACUGAACCAAUCUGCGAACGGAACGUCACAAGUGUGGUCUGCUUUUGGAAAUCUUGA